AUGGCGGAUUUCCUGCCGUCGCGCUCCGUGCUCAAAGUUUGCCUUCCCGUGUGUCUGCUCAACAGCGGUGAGGUGGAGCAGGUCCGCCGCUCCAAGGAGAUCGACCGACGGCUCUCCCGAGAGAAAACCUACGUGAAGCGGCUGGUGAAGAUCCUGCUGCUGGGCGCGGGCGAGAGCGGCAAAUCGACGUUCCUCAAACAAAUGCGGAUCAUUCACGGCCAGGACUUCGACCAGAGAGCCCGCGAGGACUUCCGAGCCACUAUUUACAGCAACGUUAUCAAGGGCAUUCGAGUAUUGGUGGACGCCCGCGAAAAGCUGCACAUCCCAUGGGGCGACCCGAGCAACCAGCAGCGGGGCGACAAGCUGAUGGCGUUCGACACGCGCUCGGCCAAGAUGGUGCGCGGGCAGCUGGAGACGCCCGUUUUCUUGCAGUACCUGCCCGCUAUCAAAGCCCUGUGGGCCGACAGCGGCAUCCAGAACGCUUACGAUCGCCGUCGAGAAUUCCAACUGGGCGAGUCUGUCAAGUAUUUCUUGGAUAAUCUGGAUAAGCUUGGCGAGCUGAAUUACCUUCCGAGUCAGCAGGACAUCCUGCUGGCACGAAAGCCCACCAAAGGAAUCCACGAGUACGACUUCGAGCUGAAGAACGUCCCCUUCAAGAUGGUGGACGUGGGCGGCCAGCGGUCUGAACGGCGGCGCUGGUUCGAGUGCUUCGACUCGGUCACCUCCAUCCUCUUCCUCGUCUCCUCCUCUGAGUACGAUCAGGUUCUGAUGGAAGACCGUCAGACCAACCGACUGUGCGAGUCGCUCAACAUCUUCGAAACCAUCGUCAACAACCGCGUUUUCGCCAACGUGUCCAUCAUCCUCUUUCUCAACAAGACAGACCUGCUAGAGGAGAAGGUGAAAAGCGUACCUCUCAAGGACUACUUCCCCGAAUACAACGGGCCCGAGCACAGCCUGCCCGACGUACAGGCCUUCAUGGUAGAGUGCUUUCGGGCCAAGCGGCGCGACGCCACCCAGAAACCGCUCUACCACCACUUCACCACCGCCAUCAACACGGAGAACAUCCGACUGGUGUUCCGGGACGUCAAGGACACGAUUCUCCACGACAACCUCAAGCAGCUCAUGCUCCAAUGA